AUGGGACUUUUCCAGAUUGUCCCCAGCCGAUUAUUUUCCCAACUGUAUUAUGGAUUGAAGUCUCCAGUUGCCACAGGAACCAAGAUUUGUCUAACAAUGGCUCGUCCAAGUUCAAAUAUGGCCGAUUUUCGGAAGCUUUUUGCAAAAGCAAACCACAUAGUCAUCAUUUCAGGGGCUGGCAUUAGUGCUGAAAGUGGGAUUCCAACUUUCAGAGGAGCCGGAGGUUAUUGGAGGAAGUGGCAAUCUCAGACCCUGGCCACUCCGGAGGCCUUUGCCAAACACCCGUCCCUGGUGUGGGAGUUCUACCACUACCGGCGGGAAGUCAUACAGCGCGUGGAGCCAAACCCCGGGCACCUCGCCAUCGCUGAGUGUGAGGCCCGGCUGCGUGAGCAGGGCCGCCGGGUCAUGGUCAUCACCCAAAACAUCGAUGAGCUGCACCGCAGGGCUGGUACCAAGAACCUUCUGGAAAUCCAUGGUAGCAUAUUCAAAACUCUGUGUACCUCUUGUGGGGCUGUGGCUGAGAAUUACAAGAGUCCAAUUUGUGAAGCUCUUGCAGGAAAAGGUGCUCCAGAUCCCGAAACACAAGAUGCCAGCAUUCCAUUGGAAAAACUUCCCCGGUGUGAAGAGGCAGGGUGCGGGGGCCUGCUGCGACCUUACGUCGUGUGGUUUGGAGAAAACCUGGACCCUGCCAUUCUGGAGGAGGUUGACAGAGAGCUGGCCCUCUGUGACUUAUGUCUAGUGGUGGGAACUUCCUCCGUGGUUUAUCCUGCUGCCAUGUUUGCCCCCCAGGUAUCUGCCAGGGGUGUGCCAGUGGCGGAAUUUAACAUGGAAACCACUCAAGCCACUAGCAAAUUCAGGUUUCAUUUCCAGGGGCUCUGUGGGAAGAUCCUUCCUGAAGCCCUGGCUCCUCAUGCAGCUGAGAUGGUUUCUUAA